AUGAGCAACGAUAUGCGCCAAGCCCCAGAGGCCGGUAGCAGGUCAAAACGGCGAUUGACCGACGCCGACGAAGAUGCCAGACGCAUGGCUGCUGACGACAAUUCCGCGCAAUCCAAGCGGCAGCGAGUGUCGCGUGCCUGUGACAGCUGUCGCUCCAAAAAGGAUAAAUGCGAUGGGGUGCAGCCGGUCUGCUCGACUUGCGCAUCAUUAUGCCGACCUUGCACCUAUAAGACCAACCCCAAGAAGCGAGGCCUGCCGACCGGAUACAUUCGCACGUUGGAGUUGCUAUGGGGGCUUGUCUUUUGCAAGAUAAAGGGGAGCGAGGAGGCGGUCCGCGCCUUGCUCAGGGCAGCCAAUAUGCCGAGUCACCUGGCUAAUAUGGGCAAAGAGGCGGAGGGUUCCGAUGACCUUGUCUCGUCCUGGAAGAAUAGCAUUGUUCUCAAAGAGAUAGAGCGCAUGUUGACUUUUUUGGACCAGCCCGAAGAGGAACAGGACAAGGCAAUUCGUGGACCUGGGGAGAUGGACUCUCCGGAAGCUGGGGGGAGCAGCGCGCUCUCGGACACCCUUGAGUGGCAGCUACCUGAAGGUGUCACGGAUGCGUAUCGAGAAUCACAGACUACUGGUCUAUCUCCUUCCAAAACGCCCUCAUCUGGACCUUUCCCCAGUCACCCGCCACCUCGUAUCACAAAAGACAGCGGCAUCCAGACAGUCCUCAGUUCAGAUACCAUUGGCGCCUCUACAGGGAACCUGUUGUCGCCGCCUCUCAUACAAUCACAAGCCUCAAACGCCCCUCGACUUCCCUCCAAUGUGUGGACACUGCUUGAUGUCUACUUUUCUUACACACAGUGUUGGUUUCCCAUUCUCGAGAAGCAUGAUAUACUUCGAACAGCAUUCCGGCAGUCUGAAGAUAAUGUGCAAAUUUCGCCUCGGACCGCAGGGUCCGGGGACUAUGCUGCCCUUUGGGCAGUUUUAACUCUGGCGUCCAUGCAAGAGAGGUCUAUCGCCGCCACCCGUCAGAUGGCCGGUCUGAAUAACCGGCCACGCUCUAGUCAGCUGUACGCCACGGCAAAAGCGUUGAUACCCGCUGAGGACGGCAUGCAUGAGAUUGGGCAUGUGCAGGCGCUGUUGAUAUUAUCCUUAGUUAAACUCGGACAACAAGAAUGGAAUGCUGCAUGGAUGCUGGUAGGGCAAGCGGUUCGAACUGCACGGUGGCUGGGUUUGGGAUCCCCACUGACUGGCAUGGCUGGAGAUGAGAAGGGCUCGGCACGGUCAAAGCAUGUCUUUUUAGGCUGUUUCGUACUGGAAACACUGAUUGCCAUCAAGACUGGUCAGGCACCGUCGCUACGCAAAGAGGAUCUUGUCAAGACCGGCCCGAUCAAUGAGGAUGGUCUGGAGGAAUGGCAUCCUUGGGAAGAUCAGACCGGUCUGCGGCCCCCAGAAUCGUCGCGUGGUCCUUCCCACCGUGGGCCUCUUCAUGCUCUCAGCACAUUCAACCGGCUGGUCUCUUUGAUGUGCAUCUUGAACGAGGCUUCUUGCACAAAGCAAUUGGAGAGCAAUCCGACACCACAACUCGAGGCGCUAGAACGCCAGUUACAACAUUGGGUGUCGGCCCUCCCUAAAAGCUACCGUGUUGACUUGCAAAGUCCGACAAGGCUUGCCUCGCCUCAUGUAUUUGGAUUGGAAAUGAUGUUUGAAAGCUGCGUCACUGCUUUAUCUUUGGAUACUCUACGCCAGGGGGAUAAACACAUGUCAGACACGAGAAAGAGUCGUGCGAUUGAGAGCUUAAAGAGACUCCUGCUGCUGUUGCAGAAAUACAUGGAAACUUAUAGCCUGGCGGCGACAAGCCCAAUUUUUGGAAUGCUUUUGACGUUCGGUAUCUCCCCGGGGGAGAGGAAGGAUGCGCCAGGGACGUUUGAAUUUGAUCUUGGCCUCAAGGACAAACUUGAAGCGUACUCCUCGCAUCUUUCUACGGUAUGGUUGCAGGACAGCGCUACAGAGGGAGCUGGCUUCUCACUGAGAGUGGAGGAUGCGAUCGUACCGAUGUCAGCAGCUGACCGGUUGAGUCAUCUACAUAACGUUGAUGCACCUGCUCGAGAUGCAUUGUCGGACAGUAUGGCUGGCCAUCCUGCCUUGCGGCCCUUGGAUGGCAGUGGACAACACGAGAUUCGGGCUAUGUUCUCCACACCGGACUCGUUCUUGACAAGUGCCUGGGCAAGGACGCCGAAUGUCGAAGGCAACGUUGCUCUGUCUUUACCCACACCUUCCGUCAGGGGAACCGCCGGACCUACGCGUCACGCUGCCCAACUACAAAUCCCCACCCAGGGACCUCGUUCUUCGAUCUCGUCCGCUCCAAAACUCAUCAAUGACAGAAGUACAAUACCAGACAUACCAUCACCCUUUCCCGUAAACACGCCCCAGUACCAGCAGACGUAUAGUGAUCCGAAUCUGCACCUUGGGACAUUUGUUGAUAUUGAAGGAUAUGCAUCUCUACGCCGACCGCGGAUUGCGCCAGAUCUUGAUGCAUUAUUUGACGAGCUGGCAUCGUUGGACGGUACCGAGAAGGGUGACCACCAGCCCGAGUUUAUGCAGAAUCUGGGGUUUGUCCCUGACGCCGGGUUUUCAGAGCUAUACUCGUACUCCAGUCAGGAGCCUUUUCUUCUGGCACAGACCCAGCAACUUCCCGAGGGUUCUACAGUCAUACGGCGUGAAUCACAGCAGAAGCGAUGA